AGGAUGAAGAAACUCCCUUAGUCACUAGAUGCCAUGAGCCUUUUAUCUAGUCUUAGUCAGUAACCAAAAAGUUACUUAGAAAAUAAUACAAGACAUGUAAAAUAUGAAAGGUGGAUAUCAAACAUGCACGUCACUUCCCUAUAUCUUCAAACAUGAAAUAUGGAUACCAUCAAAGCUCUUCUCACUUGUAUAUAUAAUUUUGCCCGGACACUCACAUUCACUACAACUCCUGCAUGGAUUUGUGAAGCCACAAUAAAAACCCUCUUCCUUGACCCUUUUUCCUAUAUAUUGUUUUAAAUAAUUUGGAUAGAUACUUUCAAUAUCUAUAUUUGUUCCAUGGAGGCUACUUCCAAUGGGUUGACGAAAGGUGCAUGGACUGCUGAAGAAGAUAGUCUCUUGAGGAAAUGUAUUGAUAAGUAUGGAGAAGGCAAAUGGCACCAAGUUCCUUUAAGAGCUGGGCUAAAUCGAUGCAGGAAGAGUUGUAGACUAAGAUGGUUAAACUAUUUGAAGCCAAGUAUCAAUAGAGGAAAAUUUAGCACUGAUGAAGUUGAUCUUCUUCUUCGCCUCCAUAAGCUUCUAGGAAAUAGAUGGUCCUUGAUUGCUGGUCGAUUGCCUGAUCGUACCGCAAAUGAUGUUAAGAAUUACUGGAACACCCAUUUGAGUAGGAGGCAUGAACUUUUUUGUAGUUCCAAAAUGAAAACGAAAAACAUUACUUCCCCUCCUACAACACCUGUCCAAAAAAUCGAAGUUUUAAAGCCUCGACCUCGAUCCUUCUCCGUUAAAAACGCAUGUAGCCAUCUCAAUGGCUUUCCAAAAGUUGAUGUUAUUCCUCCAUGCUCUGGACUCAAUAACAAUUAUGUUUGUGAAAGUAGUAUCAUAUGUGGCGAAGAUGAGAAGAAUUAUGAGUCUGUGUAUAAAAAUCUAAUGGAUAAAGACAAUAUGUGGUUGAAGAGUUUACUAGAGAGCCACGAGGUAGAUGCACUGGGUCCAGAAGCAACGACAACAGAAAACGGGGCCACUUUGGAAUUUGAUGUUGAACAACUUUGGAACUUGUUUGAUGGAGAGACUGUUGAACUUGAUUAGUGUUUCUGACUGUUUGUUUGUUUUUUUCUGCGUUUGUGUUUUGCAAAAUAAAAAGUUGUGUUUCGGAAUAUUAGAAAUUUUUUCCGAAAUUUUUC